GGUGGGAGGUGGGGGUGGUGUCAGGGAGUAGAUACCUCAGUUUCUGGAAAGCUGGGAGUAAAUACCUGGGAGAGGAUGGAGGCAGUGACUAAGGGGGACUCCCGACAGCUUGGAGGUACACAUCCCAAAAAGGAGCUUUGCAUCUCAGUGGGCGUUGGAAGCAAAGGCCAGGAUGGAGGACCCACUCCCUUAACCCUAGGGCCUAAGGAGUUACCGCAGGGCCUACCAGAGAUUUCCCCGCCUCGGCACAAACGCACCCUCAGGCUCUGCACAAACACACCCUCGCCUGCAGUGCCGUCCCCGCCCGCUGGGGGCGGGGCUCGAGGGCAGGGCUGGUGGCUACUCUGAAGCCUCGAGAGCCAUCAGUUCCUACCGGACCUGCUGGGGCAGCCGUCCCACCCCAUGGCGGGACCCAGGUCCUCAAACUUUUACCCGCUUCCAGACGGUGGGGGCGGCGGUGCCGGAAGGCUGAUCCCUGUGCGGGUUGACGCUCCGGCCUGGCUGUGUGCCCAGGCGGCCCCCGGCAGGCUGAUGGUCCAGCAGGGGCUCAGGCCCACGGUCUGCCCAGGCCCCGAGGUGUGGGGGGUGCCCCCGGGCCCCCAGCUGUACGAAUUCCCGGGCAGGAUGGCGUGCGGGCCUCGGUUCGGAGCAGCUGAGGCAGGGGCCCGGUUCCGAAGCUCCUCCGAGGCCACCUUCCCGGGGCCCUCCCUUGCCCUGCAGCGCAGCCCGAAGUUGGUGCUGCCAGAGGAUGUCCCGGCCAUAGAGAAAGAGCUGCAGCAGCUGGCCACAGAGCUGAGGCGGAAGAGGAUGAGCCUGGGGUACUCGCAGGCUGACGUGGGGUUGGCGGCGGGAGCUCUGUUUGGGAACGUGCUUAGCCAGACCACCGUCGCCCGCUUCGAGGCCCAGCAGCUCAGCCUCGCCAACAUGUGGAAGCUGCGACCGCUGCUGAAAACGUGGCUGGAGGAAAUGGAUGAGGAAAACUUUCUGGGCGUAUGCAAAAUGGAGCUGAUGCUGCAGCAGGCUCGGAGGCGGAGACGGGCAAGCAGGGAGAGACGAAUCGGAAAUGACCUGGAGAGACUCUUCCUGCGGUGCCCGAAGCCCACACCCCAGCAGAUCAGCCGCAUCGCGGGGGACCUCGGGCUGCGGAAGGAAGUGGGCCGCGUUUGGUUCUAUAACCGGCGGAGCAAGAUGUGCAGCCGGCCGACCACUGAUGCCUUCCCGUGGGAAGCUGUGGGGGCAGCCGGGCCUCCUUGCCCAGGGGUACCAGUGUGCUUUCCCCUGGCACCGGGGCUCCAUUUUGAUGUACCCCAUUAUGGGGGAUGUUGCUUUACACCGCUGUAUUCCCCUGCCCCUUUCUCUGCGGGGGUAGCCCUCCUCUCUGCCCCGGCCGCCGCUCUGGGCCUCCCCAGGCUUUCCAGCUAAGGGCCUGCCCUUCCAGGGAAAGCCAGAGAAAAAGGGAGGGCCUCUGGGGAAAUGUUCCUGGGGUUCAUUCAGGCUUUUAGCAUUUUCUCCGUUUGCUGUCUAAAGAAGUUAAGAAUGCAUAGUAGGGAAUGGGGGUGGGAGUUGGUUAUGAAAAAUUUGGGAGAGAAGUUGAAGUUCAUUGCUGUUUUGUGAUAUUCCUUGUUUUUCCCUAGCAUUGGUUUUAAGGUACAUUACAAUAUAUAUUAAU